AUGAAUUCCUCAAUUCGACGGACAGUCUCCUCCGCCUCCCGCUCAGUUGUCUUCCAAUGGCCUUCGAAAUGCUCAUAUCGACCGUUUUCCCAGUCAAGCUCGAGGGCUGCAAUGACUGCGCCUAAAGUUAUGAUGCCCAAAGCUCCCGCGCAGAUGAGCAUGAAGACCCGUCUAAAUGAUACCAUGAGUGGAAUAAAUAGAGAUAUGAUACCGGAUGAUAUUGGCCUAUUACCCGGUACCUUUAUACGGCCAGUGUGGAAGAAUCUACCAUCAGUGUUCCAGGACCCGAAGAUGCGAUGGCGCAUGGAAUGGAUGCAUUGGAAGUCGAAGGUUAUGAACUUUGUGAGUUUAUUUACAUACUGCAAAUAUAUGAAUAAGAAGAUGCCUAUGCGACUUCGAGAACGGAAAAAGAAAGCCAUUGAGCUCCACAAAGAGAUGUACACUCAGUUUGCUAGUGGAAACGUUGCUGCCCUCCAAAAGCUGUGCUGCCAGGGUCUCUUUCAAACGUUUGCCGCGCGCAUUUCUCGACGACCCCCAUCCUCUCCAGAGCUUGUUUGGAAAUUACAUAAAUACCUUAGAUUCCCAUCUUCGAUGAGUAUAACUGGUGCUCGUGUGGUAUCUGAUCGUGCUGCCGCCCUACCCGGUGCAUCUGGCAUGGGGAUCAGACAGGUUGUCGUACGGAUACAGAGUCGGCAGUCCCUUAUCACGCCAUCCGCCCCUGUAUCUCGGUUGGGAGAAAAGCAGAUACAAGAGCUAGAGAACCAGCAGCAGGAAAAACAAAGGGACUGCACUGAGUACAUAGUUCUUCAAAGACUUAUGUGGGGCGGCAAAGACGGUGACUGGAAGGUUUGGGGUUUAACAGAGGAGACUACCGUUGAAGACCUCGAAACGAACCCGAUGUUUGCCCAGGGACUAACGAUGAAAGACCGAAUUGAGAUGCUGUCUUCGAGAUAA